AUGACCAUCUCACUCCCCUCCAACGUCCACACCCCCCAAAAUGAAACCUUCACAUCCCUCCUCUCCCAACUCCGACAACGCACCCUCAAACCCUCCCAAGUCCGCUCCCUCAUCCGCGACAUGACAGCCACGAUCACCAAGAGCUUACACAUCGAGACCACCGAAACCGAAACCGUAGCCGUCAUCGUGGUCCUCCGCUCCGGUUUGUCCAUGUUCGAUGGCUUCAUGGACAACAUCCCCGCCGAUGUCAACACCGCCGUCUACCAUAUGGGCAUAUUCCGAGACGAGGCUUCGUUGCAGCCCGUCGAGUACUAUAAUAAGUUGCCGCUGAAGCCGGCGCAUAUCAAGCAGGCUUAUAUUCUGGAUCCGUUGAUUGCGACGGGGGGUACGGCCGCGGCGGUUGUUAGUAUUUUGCAGGAUUGGGGUGUUGAAAAGGUUACGUUUUUGUCGAUGUUAUCGACGCCGGUGGGAUUGGGUCAUGCUGCCGCGGUGUGGCCGGAGGGAAGUCGGUUUGUGGUUGGGGCGGUUGAUCCGGAGGUUGAUGAGAAGGGGUAUAUUCAGCCUGGUGUGGGGGAUAUUGGGGAUAGGCUUUAUGGGACUGCUUUUUGA